GACUGGAAAUGAAAGCGGAAGGCAAUGGUGAGGGGAGGGGUGAAGCAGCUGAGAACAGUACGAGUACGAGCAGCAGCAGGAAGCUAGAGCUAGACUGGACUGAUCACUGCAAGUAAAGGAAAUCAUACAGGGUCUUUAUGAACAUAGGCUUUUAAAGCAUCUAUUGCAGUGUUUUAACGUAAAGGAAAUUUGGGAUUUGACCAGGAAAGACCCAGACGAACCAGGGAAUUCUGCAAUGUCAGCGUAGAAACACUGAUCCAGCAUGCUGUGUGUGCUGGGCUGCUGGUGACAGUUGCACGCUGAAUGAUGGCAGAGGUGGAUCCAGCUCACCCCCUGGACCCCGGCGCUGCUCCAUAUGGAAACUUCCCUAAUUAUUACACGUUCCAUCCACCCGAGAGCCGCAUUCAGCUCUUACCCCCUGGGUUACUGCUGGGUCUGCUACACAGACAGGAGGGAGAGGAGCAGCCGCUGCUGGCACUGGAUGUGGGAUGUAACACGGGGGAAUUGAGCAUUGGAUUGUAUAACCACCUUGUGCAGCCAGUGGGGUGUUCACAAGGGCAGGAGGAUGUCCAUUUCCUGUGCUGUGACAUUGACCCUGAUCUGAUCACCAGAGCCGAAACCUCAAACCCCUGCCCCGACGCUAUCUCUUUCACUUCUCUGGACAUCAUGGAUUCCUCAUCACCAGUUGUCUUCCACAAGUUCUUGGAUAGGUUUAGCCGGUCCACCUUUCAUAUUGGAUUCUGUAUGUCCAUAACCAUGUGGAUCCACCUAAAUCACGGUGACCAAGGACUGGUAGAAUUUCUUAGUAGACUAACAAAGCUGUGUGAUUAUCUGCUGGUAGAGCCGCAGCCAUGGAAGUGUUAUCGGUCAGCAGGCCGCCGCCUACGCAAGCUGGGGAGACAGGACUUUGAUCACUUCCACACUCUUUCCAUUCGGGGAGACAUGACCAAGCAAAUAACUAACAUUCUGACCAGAGAUGGUAGCACUGAGCUCAUUCACUCUUUUGGAAAUACAAGUUGGGACAGAAGUCUUUUGCUUUUUAAAAGCAGAAGAGCUACACAACUGCCCAGCUAGCAUUUUACGACGCCUACAUUUCCUGUGUCUUUAAUGUUGUCUUUGCAUUCUGUAAAGCGUUACACCAAAGCCUCUUACAUUUUAAUAUUUGUUUUUAAGGAUGAUAUUUAUGCAAGCAAUAAAGUGCAUUCUAAGUCU